GUGUUGACGUUUCGUGACGCAAUCACUGCGCAACACCGGAAACAAAUAGAUUCUUCUCGGAUACAGAUGCAUCAGCUGAAAACAAACGAAUAAAAGAGCUCGAAAGAAUCAAGAGCCCUUGAAUGGAAGUGGCGAGGGCCCGAGAAAUGGGUCCCGAGAGAAUCUUACCGAACUCCGAGGAGGAUGUGGUGCAGGACCGGCCUUUAGACGCUGCCGUGCCGGAGGAGUGGAGCGGAGAGGACAUGGAGGAGGAGGAGGAUGAAGGAGGUGCUGGAGAUCAGGACAGCGCUGGAUAUUAUUAUCAGCCUCUGAAUCAAGACCCAGACGGGGUGAACGGCUCGCACACAGAGCCAGCCGAUGAGGGCACCACUGCAGAACAGCUGCAGGACGUCCAGGAGAGAAUAGAGGCCAUGGGUCUGUUCCUGCCCCAUCCUCCUCCUCCUGACAGCGAUGAAGAAGAGGAUCCUGAAGGAGCUGCUGCUCGCAGGAGUCACGCGUCCAUUCCCAUGGAUGAAGAUCACGUUGAACUGGUCAAGAGGACCAUGGCGGCUAUCAAUUUGCCGACACUGGGAAUCCCAGCCUGGGCCCGGGAAAUCUCUGACGACCAAUGGAAGGACAUGGUGCAGCAGACGCUUCAGUCCAGACAGAGCUCUGCAGGCCUGAGACUGGAACACAAUUAAAACAUGAGCCCGAUGUGCUCGUCUCAAACCCAUCAAAAAGGCACAUUUAUACAAACUGCGUGUGGAUGAAAAGACAUGGAAAUAUUAAAGCAUAGGUCUUGAACUGGAUUCCUGGAGGGCCGCUGCUCUGCAUAGUUUUGCUCCAACCAUAAUUAAACACAGCUGUUGUAACUAAUGAAGGUGUUCAAGAUUACUGAUUAAGCAGGUGUGAGUUGGAGAUGGUUGGUGCAAAACUAUGCAGAGCUGCGGCCCUUCAGGAAUUGAGUUUGAGACCACUGUCUUAAAGGAGCACACCACUGUUUUGGAAACAUUUCCCCAAGAGCAGGGGUGCCCAAACUCAGUCCUGGAGGGCCGGUGUCCUGCAUAUUUUAGUUCCAACCCCAAUUAAACACACCUGAAGCAGCUAAUCAAGCUCUUUGUAGGUAUACUAAAACGUUCCAGGCAGGUGUGUUAAAGGAAGUUGGAGCUAAACUAUGCAGGAAACCAGCCCUCCAGGACCAAGUUUGGACACCCCUGCUCAAGAGUUAAGAUAUUAACUCCAUCAAGCUGAUCUCUGGAUGUGGCGGGAGCCCUUUUAGCUUAGCAUAGAUCAUUGAAUCGGAUUAGACCGUUAGCAUCUUGCUCAAAUUAAUAUGAAAAGUUCAAAUAAUUAUCCACAUUAAAGCAUGAAUCUUAUGUAGUAACAUUACAAGUCAAGCUUUAAAUGGGAAAAUGAUCAAAGCUCAUUUUUGAGAGAUGUGCUAAUGGUCUAAUCCGAUUCAAUGAAUUAUGCUAAGCUAAGCUAAAAGUAAAUGGAUUUAAAAAUGGUAAAACUUGACUGUUUAACUUUUGGGGAGCUGUAAAAUGAGGCCAAAAAAGUUGAGUGUUUCUUUAAUAGUCAAGCUUUUAAUCGUUUUGAACCAUUGAUUGGGUAAGAAAUGUCUGGAAAACACCCUUGACGUAUUUCAGCCUCGUCCCAAACAGUUUUGUUAAUUAUUCGGUGUAUGUUUUUUUUUUGUGGGGGUAAAGUGAAGCUAGGUAAGGUUAAAGUGUUUUGCUUUUAAAUUAACAUCGCAUCCCAGUUAUGUUAUAUAAGAUUCCUAUUGUGCAAUAAGUGACUUCCCCCUCAUGCAUUUCACACAGCUUGAGCAAAGCAAACCUCCCAUCACGUCUUUUUGUGUUUCUCUCUUUAUUUUUGUUCUGUACAUACAUGAACAUCUGUACAAAAUAUGACUUUCAUACUAUGUAAUGCUCAACCUAAUUAAAGUACAACAUAUGUACAUAUGACCUG